CUUCUGCUUGUCAUCACUACCACCGCCGUCAUCGCCAUUGUUGCCAUGCUUAGCCGUUUUGGCUGAAGAAGUUCAGACAGUGUGUAUUCACGGAGGACUUGACCUCAAGGGAAACUGGGCCCGAUGGCGAAGUCGAUGGCUGCGACCGCUGCGCUCGCGGGCUGCAUCAGCAAGGGCGCCGCUUUCGCGCCAGGCGCCCCUGCAGGCGACGUGUCGCUGCGCGGCGCUGGCAUCCAAGGCGGUGUAGCUGACGGCGGCAUGGCUGCUGCCCCGCAGCCGCGCUCCACGACCACCACCGCCGUGGCUGCCAUGGCGGCGGUCGUGGCCGGAGCGGCGCUGACUCGCACGCGCAAGGGCGGCAAGCAGUCCGCGGUGGCAUGCCGUGCGGAGCUCACGGAGAUCCCCUACGGUGCGGAGCGUGUCCCCGCGAACCCGGUGGCCGGCAUGGUCGGUGCGCCGUCGGAGGCCGAGCGCUUCCUGAUCGGCGGGGACCCGAUCUACGACCCGCUCAACAUCGCUGCCAGGUGCCCGCAGUACCUGCCCUGGUUCCGAGAGGCCGAGCUGAAGCACGGGCGCGUGGCCAUGGUCGCCUGGAUCGGCAUGGUGGUGCCGGACUUUGUGCGCAUCCCCGCCUCCGGAGACGUCGCCGCCUGCUACGAGGCCUCCUCGACGGUCGCCGCCCACGACGCCUGCGUGGCGGGGAACGCCAACGGGCUCGGCGGGCCCCUUUUCCAGGUCUUCGCCUUCUGCGGCCUCUUCGAGAUGCUGACCACCUACCCGAAGUUCUGCAAGACCGGCAACGAGGUGACCGUCGAGAACGCCGGCGACUACAAGCUGGGGAUCAACUUCCUCCCCACGGAGGCGGCGGCCGCCAACGACAUGCGGCUGAAGGAGCUCAAGAACGGGCGCCUCGCGAUGCUGGCCUUCAGCGGCGCCAUCACCCAGGCCGUCGCCACGGGCAGCGGCUUCCCCUGGCUGGGCGCCGUGGCGACGGAGAGGGCCGGCAGCGGCUUCGGCGCCAGCGUGCGGCCUGCCGCCGGGGCCCUGGCCCGGGGUGCCAGCCGCGUGGCCCUGCGCGCGGAGGCCGAGGGCGGGUACAAGAUGAGCAAGGCGGUGCCCUUCCUGCCAGUGUCCCCGGCGCUCGAAGGCUACGUCGGCGAGGAGGACGGCUUCGACCCGAUCGGCAUGUCCCUCGCCUGGGACAUCCGCUGGCUGCGCGAGGCCGAGCUGAAGCACGGCCGUGUGGCGAUGCUGGCCGUGGUCGGCUGGAUCACCACGGACCUGGGAUUCCGCGUCCCCGGCGAGCCUUUCGCAAACUUGUCGACCCUCGAUGCGCACGACGCCAUGGUCAAGUUCGGUUCCAUGCCGCAGAUGCUCUGCUGGGCAGGCUACUUCGAGGCCUUCGGCUUCCUGGCGAUCAUCAACGCGAUGGAGGGCAAGACCGACCGCAAGCCGGGCGACUUCGGCAUCCGCACCUGGUACCCCAAGGACGAGAAGGGCCAGUACGAGAUGCAGCUGAAGGAGCUGCGGAACGGCCGGCUGGCCAUGCUGGCCUUCGGCGGCAUCGCCACCGCGGGCGCCUUCUCCGGCAAGACCUGGCCCUUCUUCGGCGUCGACGUCUUCGCGGAGGGCUCCACGCGCCGUGCGGCCUCCGUCGCGGGCACGAAGUCGUCGCUCUGCGGGGUCUCGAGGGCGCCGCAGCGCAGCAGGACCAGCGCAGUGGCUGCCCGCGCCGAGGUCAGUCGCAGCUUGCCCUUCAUGCCCAAGCCCCAGAACCUCGCCGGGUACGUCGGAGAGGAGCAGGAGUUCGACCCGCUCGGCUUCUCUGACACCUUCGACAUGAAGUGGCUGCGCGAGUCGGAACUCAAGCACGGCCGCGUCUGCAUGCUGGCGACUGUCGGCUUCGCCGCCCAGCAGUACGCCACGUUCCCCGGCAUGGCGCCCACGGAGAACGCCCUGAACGCAGUCUACACCGAGACCAACGGCCUCAUCACUCUCAUCUUCCUCGCCGGCUACAUCGAGAGCCAGACCUACAACGGGAAGGUCACGAUGCUGGACAUGUUCGAGGGCGCGGAGGACAAGGUGCCUGGGGACUUCAACUUCGGCAGCGGCUUCCUGAAGGGCAAGACCGACAAGGAGGUCUACGACAUGAAGCUGAAGGAGCUCAACAACGGCCGGCUGGCGAUGCUGGCCUUUGGCGGCAUGGUGCACCACAACCUGGUCGUCAACGGGCCCCUCUUCCCUAUCUUCCCCGACGGCUGGAAGGGCCCGCAGGGCACCUGGACGGUCAACGGCUUCCCCAUCGAGAGCAUGGCGAGCAGGCUGGUCGAGGAGGGCGGCGGCAACAGCCCCAUCGGCUUGCAGAACAUCUUCUGAGCUCCGCGCUGUGUGAGCACGGCAGGGCAGGCGGUCUCCUCCACCUCCCCCUCGUCGUCUCCAGCCAGUUGCCUCCUCGGCCACAGAUUUUUAAAAGAAGCUCGUCUCGGAGAGGAUUUGGCCGCGAGGCAGGGCACUGUCGCGCGGAGCCCGAGCGGGAGAAAGCCAGCGCCACAUUCUCG